UAACUUGGAAAAAAACGUUUAGCUGUUAUUGUUUCAUCAAAUGUGCAUGUGUAUCAAAUAUAUUUUCAGCAAGGUUCCCUUAGGCCUAGAUUAAGCGGCGUGCCAGGGUCGCAUUAUCGUGCCUCUAGAAAAAAUCGACAGUUAAUUCGACGUUAGCGCGCCGUUUAUUGCGCACGAAAUUGAAUUAAUGAGGAGGUCGCACCAACUUUCUGGAGAGGAUGGGCUAGUCGGGUAAUGCAACUAUGGUACAGCGAGGGAACAAAACGGUGCUCCAGGUCGCACCAGUCAUAACGAUUACAUUAUGCAGGUUAGUUUAUAAUCAAUGCAAAUCGUUUUGGUUGAACAAAAAUAAAAAGGAGCUACCCUUGCAGAGUAUUAUUUACUCCCCCGUUCUUCGCGCAUGCGCCAAAUUGACAAUAACUCUUCUGAGACCUUGUGUGUAGCCUGAAAGCCCGUAUGUAGCGUUUAGGAUUUGGGAUGACAAAAACAGAAGACGCAACAGGAGUCGUCGCCUUUUCUUUAUCCAAUCUAUUGCGGCAUGUAAUCAAUUUAUUCUCCUCUUCCUAUUAGACCAUAUUGCUUUGACCAAGAAGGCUUUUCUAGACCUACACAUGUAUCGCUUUUGUGGUAAACAAUUGAAUCCUCAAAUCAAGCAAUUCACCAGUGUGGCAGUAAAUAUGUGUAAACAGUCCACCAACCAAAACACUCGCAAAGACAAUGGUGCUCUUUCAAAACAUAACAAUCCAUUUGGUUGCCCCUGCUGCGUUAAGUGACUAUAAUCAGUGCCCUGGUAUAAUAUACAUUUGUAUUCACUACCUUGCUUGUGCUAAUCUCUUUUCCGUAAUAUUUAUUUACUCAAAAACGCUGGGGGGACGCCGACACCUCCGUUCUGGUGGGAGCUAAAAAAUUUAAGAAGUGAUGGCAUCAAUGAUUGUACUGAGUCGGGACCGCCGAAUCACAUCAGGAAUACGCACAGAAAAUAAGGAUGUUCAGCAGAAAGGUUCAGACCCUCACCGGGUUGUGUGUGUUUGUUUACGUCCUGAAUGGAGCAUCUAUUGUCAGCUCUCACGCAAAAUGCAGUAUUCAGAGCGUACGACUCGGUUGUUAUCGAGAUCGUGUGGUGCCAUCUCGUCCCAUUCCCCGCCUCCUGUUCACCGACCGUGACCCCACAGCUCCCGAGUACUCGGGCAAGUUUGUCGAUUUACUUAACUGGAAUUCGUAUCUGAAAAAGCUUCGAUGUCGCUGUGCUACAGAAGCAAAGGCAAAGGGGUAUAACGUGUUUGGCCUUCAGUGGUAUGGGGAAUGCUGGAGCGGAGUCGAUGACGUCACAUCGCGUCAUUACGCAAGCCAGGGCCAAUCGAAAGCGUGUGUAUCACGUGACUUGUCCUACUGUCGCGUGAAGGACACGGAAUGCGUAGGGCGAGACUACACGAACUUCGUCUACCGAAUAGCAGAUUCAAAUACAUCAGCGUCAUCCCUUAAGUCUACAGUGAACUCAACAUCCGGGAUAUCAUCAAGACCCUGCACGAAAAAUAAACUACCUCCACUUCCAAAACCGAAAUGUGCUUUUAAAACUGUCAAGCAAGACCCUCGAGCAUCGAACAGUAUAACGAGCCCUCCGGUUAAGGUGUACCCUGUAAGUCAACCUGCAAAGGCGAAAGUGUCAUGCCGACCUGAAUGCCUACCGCCUGCCGUCUGUCCGACCAUCUUCCCUUGUUACCCACUAUACGUAAUAGAAAAGCGACGCCUUAGCAACCACAAAUUCCUUAGCAACCAUAAUUCUAAGGCAGUUUCAUCCCAUAAGAUAAACUGAAAUGUUACGUGUGGAAGUUUAGGACCGCCUACUUGACGUGCUCGUUACUAUGGGAACGCCAAGAAUACUGGCUGAUAUGGCGACACUAUCAAUCUUUAGGCCUGGUGUGUAAAUAACACACCCCCAUUAUCUGUACAUCUGUGAUAACACACCUUCUUUAUCUGUACAUCUGUCAAAAAACACCUCCAUUGUCUGUACAUCUGUGAUAACACACCUCCAUUUUUUUCUACCAUUAAAAAAACAUUUAAUUAUUAAAGCAACGUUAACAGUAACUGGGCUAAUUAAUGUAAGAAACACCAGCUUUACAGGUGGGGCAGGCGGAGGGGGACCAUUAAAGUAAAUGAGGGUUAGGAUCAAAUUGGCUGUUAACCAUGUUGAGUCAUUAUUGUGAACAGUAUAAAUGGUCUGCAUUUGUUUGUGGCAUUGAUUAUCUCACUUGUAAGCACGAAGUAAACAAUAAGACUUUUUAUGCUAUUAUAUCGUUUAGACAAAAGUAUUUUGGUGCCAAAUUAGAGGGUCAUAUAGAAUAUCUGGAUGGUAUAUCAGGAUAUUUAUUUGGUAGCAGCCUAGUAUCAUCGCGUAUUUAAUAUCCUAUCCCUCAUUUGCCAAAUGCCAUCUCUUUGGGGGUAGAGGGCGUAGGCUAGCAAAGAGGACAAAGUCACAGUGGAGCUAGGUUUCGGCGUCAGGGUAGUUUUACUUUAUUAACGUCAUGGUUGACGUCACAUGACCAUCUCAUUGCACACCACUUGAAACAUACAUCACACCUAUCGAGUUUUGUUAUCAUACGAUAUUUCUUUAAUAAAUCAUAAAUAUUA